GCGAGAACGACAUGCCUCAAUAUUAGCCAGUCCAAAUGACCACACCCCCUCCAAUCUUUUUUUCGACCCAAGCAUGGCGUGUGCACGUCCCAUCGUGGAUGACACAAUGGAAUUUUCGAAGGCUGCACGAAGCAUCCCCUGAAUAGAGGGCUGCGCUUUGACGACGGAGGCGACUCCAAAAGGUUCCUGGAUGCGGCACGACUCGGAAGAAGUGGAGGUGGCGUACUGCAAAUUUGCCGGGUGCUCAAACGCCAGCAGGUCGAGAGGAUUGUGUCGCAACCACGGAGGCAGCAGGUGUCGCCGACUUGACGGGUGGCACAACUUUAUCUUGCGCAAAGCGCUGUGCGACAACCAUGGAGGCUUCGAGUAUUGCAUCGUGCCGGAAUGCAACAAGAUCGCUCUCCAGGGGUGCACGUGCCGCACGCAUACGAUCAGUCCAAGCGUUCACCAACAGAGUAGUUCGCGAUCGGCAGUGUCCUUCAAUUGGGGCAGGAGAAUGGCUGUGGUGCCUGCAACGCACCUCACGACAUUGUUCGUUCCGUCCUUCGAACUCGGAUCGCGUCGCGUGCUUCAUGCAGUGUACUACGUCGUGUUCACCCUAAAGCUGUCCAAGACGUGCUCGGAAUUGACUCAGGCCCACACACAAGAUUUCUCGACGAAUCCGGUGGCGGUGAGUUGGAACUGAAGGCGUCACUGGAGCGAUGUCGUUCAAACAACCGAUAGGAACGUCGAUGCAUGGCUCCAACAAGCCAAAUUGGUUGGUUGGUGUUUCGAGUGGACAGCGGUUGACCUCAGUCGGCCGGAUCGCGAGAGAAUUCCUUCUUCAUGGGCAGGGGCAUCCGCCGUUUCAGUUGUUCGAACGUUCGGUGUUCU